GUCAGAGUUCCGUACAAUUCUGCUGACGCGUGUCUUCUCCUUUCUCUCUCUUCUCCACGCGGUUUCUCAUUCUCUCUCUCUCUCUCUUCGCCGUCCUAUUUAUAUUAUCUCUCCUCAGCUUUCAUUUCUCCAAUUCAUUCAUUAUCACAUUCCUUUACUCACUCUCUCUCUCUCUCUAAAAACAGAGCUCAACAAUAAUGAUCCACUAAAAAAGAUUCUCUUUUCUCUUCUUCUCCGGUGAUUUACUUACUUAACAAUCAUGGCGUCGUCGGAGGGAUUAGCAAGCGUUGAUCCUUGGUCAUUCCGUCAAAACUUCAACAUCGAUUCGUGGCUACUCUCUGAUUCCUUCUCACACGACAGUGAUAUACUCGCUAAAGCUCUUCACAGAUCCAUCUCCACUUCCACCGAAUCAUCUCCUCUUUCUCCUUCAUCUUUCUUCGACUCUUCAACCGCCGCCGUCGAUUUUUCUCCUCCUCAAACUCUCUCCAACGUCUCUUUCGGCUCAGAUCCAGAAAUCCCCGCCGCUAGUGCUCUUGGUCUCGGGAAACGAAAACGUGGUCCUGGUGUUUCCGGUGGUAAACAAACGAAACGCCGAUCUCGAGUUUCUAAUAAGAAAUCUCAAACCACGUUUAUAACGGCGGACGCUGCUAAUUUCCGGCAGAUGGUUCAACAAGUCACCGGAGCUAAGUUCCUCGGUUCUUCCAACAGCAUUUUCGCACCGAUUGUGAAGCCGGAGCCACACCGUCUCGCUAGUAGAUUACCACCGUCGUGCGGAAACUUGGACCGAUCUUCAGCUGUUCCAACGCUAGAUACGUCGUCGUUUUUGUCUAACCAUCACCAAGAGAACAUUAUCACAGAUUUGGGAGCUCCGACCGGUUCGUUUCAUCAUCAAUCCAGUGCAGGUACAACGACGGCGAACGUUGGUGGUGGUAGCUCCGCCGUGGAAUUGGAUAGUUACCCGAGCUUCCCAACACUCGAAUCAUGGAAAGUUAUGUGAUCGAUCUGAUUUUAAGAUUAGUGUUUAUGUAGAGAUGUAAUCCCUUUUGUUUUUUUCCUUUGUGUUUCUCAUUUUGUUAUGAAGAAUCUUGUUUUAGUCCUUAAGCUUAUGCAGCUAUGGAGUCUCUUGUUCAUACUUUUGGGGAAAUCAAAUGGUUUAUUGGAAAAAAAACUUGUUACUGCAUUAAUUUUGUGUUAGCACUAUCAAAUUUACUUUUUAACUGUUUUUAAGGAUAAAAAGCGGAAAAAGGAUAAAUCUUCUUCAGCCUAUACAUGGCUGUAAAAGAAGGAUUUGUCUUCAGAGAAGCUAGGGAAUAUCUUUAUGGUCCCAUGUAUCUAUACACAGAAAAGACAAUCAUACACGUUACCACCACCACAAUAAUGUCUCCAUUACUGAUACAAAUCUAUUUUUCUCUUAGAUGUAAAGAUUCCUCUUAUCAUAUAAUCUGAAGAUUAAUAAAAUGAAG